ACAUAGCAUGCGCACCACCAAUCAAAUCCGUCGUGCGAGGUCGCACAAGCGUUGUUUAUCAGCUGUUUUUGACAGUUUGACACAAUGCUCUAAGCCCCCAUUUCUUCAAAUUGUGCACAAAAGUAGAAUGAACAAACCAACAAUCAUCAGUGGAGAGGCUUCCGAAACCGACAGCGAAGAUGACACCCCCAGAAAGGAGCCCCUGAAAAUAACCGCCCCGAUUCAGGGGGCGGCCAUCACUGGAGAGGACUCGGAAUCGGAAAACGAGAACGACGCAAGCAUUUGCAGUGCUGUUUCGGCGCUCCAUGAAGCCAGUUCAAGGAAGGAAAACUGCGACAAAAGUGACUCGCUUCUCCACCAGAAAUUACGAGAGUGUAACGGAAAGUUGCACCAAGAUGUGGAAGGUUUUUGCCAGAACGUAAUAGGAGAGGCUGGGAAGAACCUAACCUCCAUUGACCAACAACUCAUAAAGUCGCAACUGACGCUGCAAAACGCUGUCACAUCGUUGAAGUCGCUCGGUGCCAACUCCCUCGCCAUUAAAAAUAAGCUCCAGUCCCUACUGUCGUCACAAUUUAUUCCCAACAUUAAAAUAAACAAGUAACUGUCCCCACGAUUCUAGACACUACAAGUUUUGUUGCCAACUGACCAACUUUGUAUUUGUUUUCAUAAACACUUCUUCCAAAUCA